AUGCCAAACCAAAAAGUAAACUUUGGGGCACAAGAUAAUUAUAUUCCAGUCAGUGAAUUAAGCAAAAAAUCAUGGAAUCAACAACACUUUGCCCUAGAAUUUCCCAAACCACAGCGGCCAGGAACAAAAAUGAGAUCAAGACCUUCCCAAUUACAAAAUAAUACACUUUCUAAAUAUAAUGAAGACCAAUUUUCGGGAGGUUCUAGACGACCCUUAUGGAUGCACCGGUCUUUAAUGAUGAUUUCCGAAAAACCAUCAGUUUAUUUAGCUGCCAGGAGACAGCCUCCAUAUAAAGCAACUCAUCCCCGCAGUGUAGAGAAACCUUUAUCCACAACAAUAGGUAAGAGAAAUAAAGAAGACAAGGAGGACCAAUUAGAUUUGGUAGCUGAAUCCACAGUUUCACGGGAGUCAAAAGAAUCUACAAAAGAGUCAAAGAAAGCGCAGGCUUUAGGAACAGAAACAAAAGGCAAAAAAACAGACAGUGCAAAAACAGUUGACAAAAAGGAUAAGAAAAGUUCAAAAAAGGGCAAGGGCUCAGUUACGGAAUCAGAAGGUGAGAAAGGAGACACAAAGAAAGACUCAAAAAAAUCUAAGAAAAGUUCAAAGAAGGACAAGGGGUCUGGUUCAGAAUCAGAAGAGGAAAAAGGAGAUACAAAGAAAGACUCAAAAAAAUCUAAGAAAGGUUCAAAGAAGGACAAGGGGUCUGGUUCAGAAUCAGAAGAGGAAAAAGGAGACACAAAGAAAGACUCAAAAAAAUCUAAGAAAGGUUCAAAGAAGGGCAAGGGGUCUGGUUCAGAAUCAGAAGAGGAAAAAGGAGACACAAAGAAAGACUCAAAAGAUAAAAGUUCAAAGAAGGGCAAGAAGUCAGCUGCAGAAUCUGGAGAUGCAACAAAAGAUGCAAAAGAGGCUAAAGAUGAGAAAAAAGAUACAAUAAAAUCCAGUGAAAAAGGUGAUGAAUCAAAGGGCAAGAAAGAUGCCAAGAAAAGUUCCAAGAAAGAUGCCAAAGCAGACAGUGACCCAGAAUCUGCUGAUGUGAAGAAGGAUGCAAAAAAAGAUUCCAAGAAGGAAUCAAAAAAGGAAUUAAAGAAGGAAUCAAAGAAGGAAUUAAAGAAGGGAUCAAAGAAGGAAUCAAAGAAGGAAUUAAAGAAGGGCAAGUAG